GGCAAGGGCUGGCACGGCGAUGCACACCUUCUUCUUCCACGUCGACGAGGAGAGCUUGGAGAGCGUGGUAGACGAUAUGAAGUCGAGGGAGAGGGGCGGGUACUUUUGUACGGUGGUGAGGGCGAACAAUGUGGUCUUUAACAGAAUAGAGAGUCGAGAGAAGGGUGUGUAUUUCGAUAAUGCGCAGAAACUGAAGGAGGAUGAGAUGUGGGAUCUGAGAAGACGCGUCAGGGUCGAUGACCUUGUUGGUUUGUAUGCCGAGUUCCAAGUCGGCCCAGACCUCUGGUACUGCCUCUCGUCGUUUGGCGACGACAUUUUCGUGCCCUGAGUUGUCAACUUGGCUUAAUCAAAACGCA